GUUCAAUGUGACGUUUGGCUUGUUGUUUACCGUGUUUUGCGAAUUUGAAAUAUGUUUGGCUCGACAGACAACUGAGAAAAACGAGAAAAUAUCGUCAAAAUGCAGGAGAUGGACAUUGAAGAGGAUAUAUACGACUUUCUGCCGUCGGUGUUGAGAAAAUACAUCAUUCAUUACUGCCGAAUCUACACAAAUGCCAAAACAUUCGCGGAUUUCAUACUAACGGGCGGUCGAGAUGCGGUUCUGUACGAAGUCAAUGGUAAAAAUAUUCUGUCUUCGCUGCAUCUCAACGACACUAUUUUUAAAGACAUUCCAUUACCCGAAUCAGCAUCAGAAAAUGAUACACUCAACAUUUCGUUGAAUGCCUAUUAUUCGUAUAAGAAAAAACAAAAGGAACAGUAUUUAUUUUUGCGCAUAAAUGAUGGCCUGACCGUACUGGGGAAGGUGGACAAACAACUUAAGAUACAUCGAGAAUUUCAGAACAUUUCCGAUUAUAAUAUCAUCGAUGAAAAUGGCAGCGGUGAAGCUAGUGUGGAAAUCGUCUAUGUGAAUGGACCGCCAGAGAAGUAUGAGCUGGUUUCAUUUGGCUAUGCAAGCAAAGGAAUCGAUCUUCGUCUGACGAGCGAAGGUGACAAAUAUUUUAAGACAUUAACUCAGGAGUUGGAAGAACGUGUCAAACAGGCGAGCUCCAAUUUGGCCGACAUAAACAUAAAUAUUCGAAAGGAAAUUGAUGCAUACCAAAAAUACUGUCAAACAGUUGAACCAAAUUCAAACGAAAAUAUCAACAUUUUGUCGAGGUACGGCGAUUGCUGGAUACGAAAUGUAAACGGACAAGUUUUAAUCGGCAUUCCUGUAUAUAACUGCUCAACCAGUAAAAAUUUAGUGGAACGAAUUCGAGUGUCGGUGUUUGCAUCACAUCGACCGCAGCUCGUGUACACGCAAAAAUUGUAUGCAUUUCAAACUGAGAAUGCGGGCAUUGAACCGUUAAAAUUGCAUGAAAUUUGUGAGCUGGACGCUGCCGCCGCCGCCGCCGACGACGACAACGAACAAUUGCAGUUUGAUGGUGAACAAUCCGAAGUGGCUGAUGACAAACAAACGGAAUUGGUGUUCAACCAUGAAUGGAUUCAUCAAAAGCAAUAUACGGUGUACCCGGACAAGGCAGCCAUUAUCAUUAUCAAAAUGGAAUUGAAUGACUUUGAAGUGACUUCAAAUGGCUGUGAUUACGACAUCUUUCUCAUGUACAAAGUGUUUUUGGAGAGUGGUCUAUGGAAAGAAUUUCAAACACAUAUAGCCAACGUCAAAAUCGAUUCGGAUAUCUUUCAUGACAAACGAUUCUUUGUCAGCUUUGACACAAACAACAUUUUUCGUGAUCUGUUGGCUGUUAUUGCAUCAAGCGAACGCCAUAUGUUCCGCAUAAAGUUUUCUGAUGAUACGCUGAUGUCAUGUCUUACCGAAUUCUUAACGCGACGCCUUUUGUUUGAUAAUAUUUCCACUGAAUUGAGCGUUGAUGAUGAUUAUCAUCAGUUCACGUUGUCGCAAAAUUUGGAUCGAACGUCAUCGAUGAGCCAUUUCGAGGAAGAUCAUCAAAUGUUCUACUGCCCGCAAGACGGAUACUGGUUCAAUACGUUAAUUCGCAUCCGGGACGCUAACGACAUUGAAAAUGUUGGUUCGAGCGUAGCUUACGAUAUGAAAGUGUAUAAUAGGGAUGAGAUAAAGAUAAAAAAUUUGAUUUCAACAUUCGGCAAUGAAUUCGGUCGAAAAAUCUCAAUCGAACCGGUAAAAUGUGCCAACCAAUCGUUGCUAGAAAUGGAGCUAAGGUACAAAUUACGUGACGAACACAACGCCUUGGAUGAACUAGCGCGACACAUCAAGUACAAAUCGAAUCAAGUGCAAAAAUGUUACAACAAAUUUAUCGACUCACAAUAUCGAACCGACAUCGCUUGGAGCGAUUUAAUUGAGAAAUCCGAAUGAAUCAUUCAUUGGUUUAUGCUGCCAUUGUAGUUCAACGUUGUUUCUAUACCAAUUUUCCUUUGUUGUAAACAAAGUAAUAAAAUAUUCAAAAUCGAAAUAAUCAACAAA